AUGGCGGGUAAACUCCCCACGGGCGGGACACCCACCCAAGCAACACACCGAACCCCCAGGCCGGUAACUCACCUGCUGCAUGGACCGCAAAAGCAGGAGAAUCCUCGUCGCAAGCGGCAUCAAACACCCAGGAGACCCAGACACGCCACCUCUAGAGAGAAACCUGUUAUAAGCCAUCACGUCUGCGGCGUCAUCAAGUGGGCCCAAGACAAGGCCUGGGGCUGGAAAGCGACCAUAACAAGCUCCUGGCCAGCAACACCUCAGGUCCACACUCACUUGUUUCCAAGUAUCGGCGUGGGCUGA